AUGUCAUCAUGCAGUAAGGUCGUGUCCUACAUUCUGGCAUUCCUGUUCAUAAAUUCUAUAUUGACUACCGUGUUCUCUGCUACCGUACUUAUUGGAAAAAACACGUUGACUUCGGCCAAAGCCACAGAAUCCGGAAAGCAAGGUAAUGGACGACAAAAUACUACACUCGAUUCUGGACGAUACAACAAUACAACCCACGCUACAAGACAAGUAUCGACCAGUCGAAGAGCCAUCGCACAGCUCACAACAGUCGAUGGAGAAGCCAAAGGUAUCAAGUGGGAGAAUAUAACAUGGCUAGCCAACAAAACCCCCAUCUUUACUCAAACCUUGACCAACAUAAACAACUUGUACUAUGUGGGAACUGUCUACAUUGGCUUUCCUCCCCGGCCAUUUCAGGUAAUGUUUGAUACUGGAUCUACGUUAACAUGGGUCAAAGGCAAAAAUGCUCUUCAAAGAACUGACAAUGGGUUCAAUGAGGUAUACUACAACUAUGUCUGGUCACAAACAUCUAGAACAACAAAGAGAAAGUUCAAGAUAAGUUAUGAUGAUGGCGUGGUAACUAAAGGAAGACUUUACAUGGAUUAUGUUGCGGUAUGUAUAAUAUAAAAGUUUGUUUAUCUCAAGUUAAAGUCCCAUUUUAAGUAAAUUAUAUAUUAAACGUUUGUAAAAAAGUAUGAGAUGCCUCGUUACAAGUAUGUAAUUUCAGUUAGGCGACUAUUACAACCCCCAGCUCCGUAACUAUGUUCACUUUGGUGUAGCCACCAAACUCGAACAAGACUCCCCACGCCCUUACGACGGUGUUUUUGGACUCGGAUUCGGAGAAAAACACAACAUCAAGACACUGAUGGAAAGAAACCGAAUGACCAACACUUUGAACCCACCAAUAAUCUCAGUUUACAUGUCUGAAUUACCUGAAAAACCUACAGAAUCCAGUUGGGGCGGGGAAAUCGUAUUUGGAAGUUUGAACCCACGAUGGUGUGAAGCUGAAGCUGUCUUUACUCAAGUUAUUCACACACCUGAUUGGAGAUUUCAUGCCAAUCAUGUCACUCUCAAUGGGAUCAAUAUUGAUAUUGAAAUUGAAAUUAGCUCGGAUACUGGAACUUCAGCCAUCUUGGUACCUAAAAAGAUCUAUAAUAAGAUAACGAAGCAUCUGGGACUUAGAAAAGGCUCUUCUGUCCCUGCUAUCAACUGUGAACAAAAGAUUCACUUGAGUUUCAAGGUAAAUCACUAUAAAUUUAGGUAUAAAAAUUGUAAAAUUCACCUUUAUUUCAACUUUUUCAAAUGUAAAAUAACUUACUUUUACAAUAAAAUGAAAUCAAGCGUUUUAGAUUAAUGGCGUGCACUUUUCUCUAACAGAAAAGCAACUGAUCACAGGCUACAAUAACAAGUGUAACCUUCAGAUGUCGCCGGUCCAAGGAAAUCUAUGGGUAUUUGGCACUCCGAUGAUUCGAAAGUAUUGUCAUGUGUAUGAUAUGCAAUCGAAACGCAUCGGGUUCACUAAUACGGUCUACUAA